GAAGAUGAUGCUAACAAUAGAGUCGGCAAUGCUAGUGCAUCUGAAAAUGGCCAGAGUUUAUGUGAAUCAAUAAUCUCUGACUCUAAACUCCUUACAACAACCACAUCAGCCCACGACGAUUCCAUAGAGGAAGAGCAUUCUCUGGUAGUAACUCCACCCCUUGCGACAGACAACACUCUUAUAGCAAAUGUGAGUGGAGAUGGAAAAGAUUCUGUAAAGCUGAAACAAAGUGACACUGAGUCAGAAUGGUUCAUUUCCAUAGACCAAGAGGACUUGCCUUUCCCAUGCCAAAAUCCAGAACAAUUGAACCAGCAGUACGAUUUCACUGAAGAGGCCUCCAUUCGCGAGGGCUACAGUAAAAAUCAAAGAUAUCACAGUGUGCAACCACACAAGUUGAAUUCUUCUUCCACACAUCCUUUGAGACCUCCAGCAAAGGUUGAAGUACAGCCGAUUUCAGAGCUAAGUGGCAGCAAAAGUCUUUACAAUAAUCAUUCCUUUGCUCACUCCACGAAGGCGCCUAAAAACUGGUAUCAAGCUGCUGUCAAUCCAAGCAGAAGAAGACGCAGCUCCCAAAUAGUUUAUAUUGAUAGCGAUGAGGACACCGAGGAUGUAGUAAAAAGUGUAAAGCAAAAGUUGGGUUCUGUUCAAAAGCAAGUUCCUCAACAUACAACUUCCUCUGUAACUUUCUCAGAUGGACAUAGAAAGAGUGGCAGUUCCUUUCUUGUCUCCAAAUCUUCCAAAGUCUUCGGGCCUGACGAGGAACAUUCUUUACCCAAUAAUUUAGCUUCCCAUAGAAGACGAAGUUGCGUAAAUGAGCAAAUUUGUACAAAGUCCAACCCAAAUAUGAAAUUGAUUCCUAUCUUGAAAAAGGACCCACUCUCUCCUAGAUUAAAGCAACAGGGAAGGAGUUUAGAUACUUUUCCUGUAAAAUCGAAAUCCUGUGAUAAUAUGGGUCAACAUGCCGACAAUUCUGUAUUCUAUGAGGAGGUGAGCGAAGAUAAAAAAAGCAGUUUUAGCAUUAUUCGAAACCACCAUGAAAGCAUCGUGUUUUCUAAUUCAAGCAUCUUGGAAGCCCAUCAAGAUGCCAGCUUUGCGGAACGGAGUAAAGGUACGAUAAAUAAAGAGGCGCAAUCUGUAGUCCAGACGUACAUACUAGCCAAUACUCAAACUUCAUAUCCUGUGAGUUUACCUAACGUAUUCGAUUCGCGAUCAAAAUCAGGCACAAGUCAAUCCACCCCUGUUAUAAUUAAUGUAGCCAAGCAGAACGCGCCUGUUCAGCUUAAUAAAAGGAUCCAUCGUCUAAGCCUACUUGCUAAUCGAAAGGAAAAUUUGGGCCCUGCUAAUUUCGAAAAAUAA